AAAUUCUCCUCACACUUUGCCAUCUUUGCAUCCCAUUUCAGCAUUUAUUCUCACACUUUGUCACAAUCCCCUUUUCUAUUUUCAUAUUUGGGUUCCCAUUUUUAAGUCUUUCAUUGACACUUUACAGGUUGGUUUGUUUGUUUUGAUUUGCUUGGUGGUGAACUAAAGAUGGCGAGUCAAGCUCAAGCGUCUAGCGAAAGACGAGAGGAAAAUAAGCUCCCUAACUUUCUCUUGUCUGUUAAACUCAAGUAUGUGAAGCUUGGUUACCAUUACUUGAUCUCAAAUGCCAUGUAUUUAUUGCUUUUGCCACUUCUAGCCAUUGCUUCUGCUCAUCUUUCAACGCUCACAGUCCAAGAUUGUGUUCAGUUAUGGAACCAACUAGAGUUCAGUCUUGUUACGGUUACUUUAGGUUCAAGUCUCAUGGUUUUCUUGGCUACACUUUACUUCAUGAGUCGUCCGAGGAAAAUAUAUCUGGUGGAUUUCGCUUGUUACAAGCCCAAUUCAGAGCUCAUAUGUACUAGAGAGACUUUCAUGGAAAAAUCCAAUAACAUUGGGUGUUUCUCGGAGGAGAACUUAGCUUUUCAGAAGAAAAUUCUUGAGCGUUCUGGCUUAGGCCAGAAGACAUUCUUCCCUGAGGCGUUGUUGCGAGACCCACCAAACCCGUGUAUGGCUGAGGCCAGGAAGGAGGCUGAGGCCGUGAUGUUUGGUGCUAUUGAUAAGCUGUUGGAGAAAACUGGCGUUAAGGCUAAAGAUAUUGGGAUCCUUGUGGUGAAUUGCAGCUUGUUCAAUCCAACACCAUCUUUAUCGGCCAUGAUUGUCAAUCACUACAAGCUUAGAGGAAACAUCUUGAGCUAUAAUUUAGGUGGUAUGGGUUGCAGUGCUGGACUUAUCUCUAUAGACCUUGCCAAACAACUUUUACAGGUGAAUCCGAAUUCAUAUGCUUUAGUAGUGAGCAUGGAGAACAUAACUCUGAACUGGUACUUUGGCAAUGACCGAUCAAUGCUUGUAUCGAACUGUCUCUUCCGUAUGGGAGGAGCCGCAAUCCUCCUAUCAAACCGGUCAUCCGAUCGUCGCCGUUCAAAGUAUCAGCUCAUCCACACAGUGCGGACUCACAAGGGCGCCGAUGACAGAUGCUACGAAUGUGUCUUCCAAAAAGAAGACAAAGACAGAAAAAUCGGAGUCUCGCUCUCAAAAGACCUAAUGGCCGUAGCUGGAGAAGCCUUGAAAACGAACAUCACCACACUGGGUCCAUUAGUUCUCCCAAUGUCUGAGCAACUCCUGUUUUUCGCAACUUUAGUAGCAAGAAAAGUGUUCCACAUGAAAAUAAAACCAUACAUUCCCGAUUUCAAGCUGGCUUUCGAGCAUUUCUGCAUUCAUGCAGGGGGGAGAGCGGUAUUGGAUGAGCUAGAGAAGAAUCUGGAGCUGAGUGAAUGGCAUAUGGAGCCGUCAAGAAUGACCCUUUACAGAUUUGGGAACACUUCGAGUAGCUCUUUGUGGUAUGAAUUGGCAUACACAGAGGCGAAGGGGAGGAUAAAGAGAGGUGAUCGAACAUGGCAGAUUGCAUUUGGUUCAGGAUUCAAAUGUAACAGUGCAGUGUGGAAGGCACUGAGGAGUAUUAAUCCUGCAAAGGAGAAAAUUAAUCCUUGGAUGGACGAGAUUGAUGAAUUUCCAGUUCAGGUUCCAAAGGUGGCUCCUGUUGUAACUUCGUCUUCAUCUUGAAGCUGUUUUAACUUAUUUUGUGGAUUGUGAUUUGUAAGCGAUUUAUUUUGCUAUACCUGAUUGAUAUAUGUAAAUGUCAGGGCUGAAUGUGCCAGAAUACUAGUUAAAUUAUAUGAUUAUUAUUUCCUGUUUCUUUUA